GUUUUUAACUUAUAUUUUUUUAAAAAAAUCUACUUAACCGAUUAGUCCGGUUAACCAUUCGGUUAGUUCGAUUCCUGUUCGAACCACUCCUAAGCUCAUGAGCGGUUAACCGUUCCGAUUAAUCCGAUUAACAACUCGGUUAGUUCGGUUCCGGUUCGAACCCUUCGUAUGCUCAUGAGCGGUUAACCGUUCCGGUGUGAUUUUGUGAACAAGGGUUGAAACUAAGUGAUUUCCAAAUCAGGAUUUAAGGUGAGGCCUUAUUUUGUUUUCAUAGUGUCCGGGCCUCAUAGAAACUUCCCUGAGGGCAAAAGCCUCUUCAGGAGCCGUUAUGGCACCAAGCCAUGGCUCGAAAAACCCUAAUUCCUUCACAAACAUUGCAUUGCAAAACAGAGAAAUUGAGAGUGCAAAAUAGCAAAGAUUAUAUGGUUAAAGACAACACAAAGCUAAAGCAAAAGUUUAAAGUUUUGCAGAAGAGAAGUAAAUCGAAUCUACUGAUUCUCUAAUUCCAGGUAUUCCUCGCAUGUUUUCGCUCUGAUACAGUUUCUUUCAACAAUGGCUAACCCAUUCAAAAUCAUGGGUUUGACAAAGUCCUUUCUCUACAAAACCCACUACAUACUUUCCGUCCUCGUCCCCCUUCCUCUUACUUCCUCCCUUCAGCAUUUCUGCACAAAAAGCCCUUCUCUCUCUAACCCAUCUUCUCUCACUAGUGAUACCAAAGCCUUAUGCACUUCUUCAACCAUAAACCAUCUCAUUGAAUGGAUUGGUCUCUCGAAAGAAGCAGCCAUUGCAGCUUCUUCCAUCUUUCCCACCAUGAAAACUCCCGGAAACCAUAUCGCUGUAAUAAAUUUUCUUAGAAACUCUGGUUUCCAUGACACCCAUAUCCAUAAAAUUGUUAUCAGAAACCCUCGUAGUCUUUCAAUGGAUGUCGAGAAUAUUAUCAAACCCAAGUUGAAGUUAUUCGAAGAUUUGGGUCUUUCUGGAUCUGAACUUGGGGCCGUCAUAGCUGCUAACCGAAGUCUUUUGUGUGCUAGUCAUGAUAGACGCCUUCAGCCGACUAUCUUGCUUCUGAAAAACUAUUUGGAGAAUAAGGAAGACGUUCUAAGGGCAAUUAAGCGUUGUGGUGGUCGGAUCCUCUGCUAUGAUCCGGAGAAGAUACUUCUGCCCAACAUAAAGUUUAUGCAAGAGUUAGGAAUUGUGGGUCCAGAGCUAGUGAAAUUCUUGUCAAGGUAUCCUAAGCUCUUUAAUCGACAUCCCAAGAGGACUGAAGAACUUGCAGAGAGAGUUAGAGAAUUGGGUUUCCCUUAUUCGAAUAUGUUUUGCUAUGCCAUGCUUGCUUUGAGCUCCAUUAGCAAAGAGACAUUGCAGAGUAAAGUCGAGUUUUUCAAGAGUUAUGGGUGGUCAGAAAAUGAUGUCUUUUCAGCUUUCAGGAGGAAUCCCCACCUGUUAUCUCUCUCUACAAAGAAGUUGAGGAAAGGAGCUUGGAGUGAGCCAAAGAACCCUAAACUGAUUGGAUACAUGAUUGGAGGAUAUCACCAUUUAUGCUACAUCCUUGUUAAAGGGGAUGUCUUUGCUUUCGACAUGGAGACAAAGAAGUGGGAGAUUGUGAAGAACCGACAACCUAUAGGAAAAUACACACACAUUAGGACCCUAGAGUGGGAUGGUGCCUCUUGUAUUGCAUGUAUAAACUUGGGUUUGGAACCCGAGUGUUGGGUUCUAACCAAAGAGAGUAAGUGGGUGGGGGCACAUCACCUUGCAAUUGUGCCUGCAAAUGUGAGUAACAAUUCCAGUCCACUCCUUUUACUUGGAGAAAUGUUUAUCUUAUCCCAAAAUGGUGAGAUAUUAACAUGUGAUAAGAAUGGCAAGUUGAGUGAGAUAUUAACAUGUGAUGAGAAUGGCAGAUUGAGGGGGGACGGUCAUUGCUAUAACUUUGCCCAUUACAAGCCUACUUUAUAUUCCUGGGAGUUUGGUCAGAAGAUUGAGGGUGCUAGCUUCCAUUUCCUUUGUUUUUUCCUUGAGGUCUUAUUCGGAAAUGGUGUUAUGGGCCCUUUUAAUGUUAAUGUCUUUUGCAAAACCCCAUUCUUUCUCUCUCUACAAACCCCAUUAUCUCCUUUCCCUAGUCAUACCACUUUCUUUUCCUUCUCCCCACGAACACUUUUCAUCAGGGCCAUGUCCUCUCUCUUCUCCUCCUCUUAUUAUUGGGCUCCGUCUUCUUCAUCUUGUACAGUUAAGUUUCUUGUAGACUCUGUUGGGCUCUCAAGGGAAUCAGCCAUUGCUGCUUCUUCCCGCCUUGGUAACUUCAAAACCCCUGAAAAGCCCCUCUCUGUAAUAAACUUCCUCAAAAGCUCGGGUUUCAAUGAAACCCACAUUCAUGAUUUUAUCAGGGUACGACCCCAAGUUCUCAAAUGCAGUGUAGAGAAAACCCUAAAGCCAAGAUUCGAAUUGCUCCAAAGUUUGGGCCUUUCGGGUCCUGAACUCGCUUCUUUCCUCUCUUCUAGCCCAUUCAUCUUCUGCUACAGCAUAGAUAAACAUCUUAAGCCAUCCAUCCUCUUCCUCAGAAGCUAUUUCAGCAGCAAUGAAGAAUUUUUAAGUGCUAUAAAGCACUGUAAGCGCUCCAAGAUGGUUGUUCUGGGGAAUAUAAUGAAACCCAACUUGGAGUUUUUGGAGAGUUGUGGCAUUGCUAGGCCGACACUCCAGAAGUUCAUGCUUAGCAGGCCAGGUUUUUUCUAUCAGAGUACUGAGAGGCUUCAGCAGGUCGAAGAGAGAGUUCGAGAGUUGGGUUGUGACCCAAAAUCAAAGAUGUUUUUCUAUGCAAUUUAUACCAUGAGUUCGUUGAGCGAGAAGAAAUGGAAGGCUAAGCUUGAGCUUUUGGAGAGUUUUGGUUUUUCAAAAGGAGAGGUCUUCACUAUGUUUUCUAAGGCGCCAUAUUUGAUGUCCCGAUCAGAGGAAAGGUUAAUGAAAGUUAUGGAUUACUUCCUCAAUGAGCUCAAAUAUGAUAAAUCUUUCCUAGCUUCACGCCCAGUCUUGUUCUGUUAUAGUUUAGAGAAAAGGGUGAUUCCUAGGUUUAAUGUGUUGCAAGCUUUGAGAUCAAGUGCUUUGCUCACAAGGGAUGUGAAUUUAGCAAAUGUUUGUUUUAUUUCGGAGGAGUCAUUCUUGCAGAAGUAUGUAUUCAGUUUCGGGGAACAAGAGGAGUACCUGUUGAAUAUUUUUAAAGGAAAUAGAGAAAAUGAUGAAAUUGAUGCUAUGGCGAAGGCUUCAUCUUCUUCUCCUCUCUCGCUUCCUCUCACUGGUGAUGAGGUAAACUUAAUGUCUCCUUCUAAUUCAUCUCUCUCACCUCCUUGUAAUAGUAAGGAAAUGGCCUUAUCAUCAGCUUCUUUGAUGGUUAAACAACUGAUAGACUCAGUUGACCUUUCAGAGGAGGCGGCAAUUGCAAUAUCUCACCAAUUUCCCCACUUUAAAUCCCCUAAAAGGCCUCUCUUUGUGUUAAAAUUCCUCAAAAACAUUGGCCUCCAUGAUACCCUUAUCUCUAAUAUCAUCACCAAGGUUCCCCAAAUUCUUACCACCACAACUCUAAAAUCCAAAUUCAAAUUGCUACAAGAUUUGGGUCUUUCUGGAUCUGAUCUUGGCAUAUUCCUCUCUUCAAAUCCAGCUUUUAUUACCUGUAGUACCAAGAAGCAUCUCGAACCGUCCGUGCUCUUUCUAAAGAGUAUUUUGAAAACAAAUGAAGACAUUUUGAGUGUUCUAAAACGACAUAGUCAGCUUGUUAUGGCCAACCCCAAGAAGGCAUUGUUGCCCAACAUAAGGUCUCUGCUGAGCUAUGGAGUUGGUGCCUCCCAAUUAGAGGAGUUCAUGUUGGCAAAGCCUGCCAGUUUUACACAGGAACCCAAGUGGUUUAAGGAGAUAUUGGGAAAAAUUAAGAAGUUGGGACUUGAUUGUCAGAGUAACGUGUUCUCUCGCGCAGUUUUAUGCAUGUGUUCCCUGAGCAAGGAUACGUGGCAGAGUAAGCUGAAGACCUUUGAGAGUUUUGGGUGGUCAGAAGAAAAUGUUCUAUCUGUGUUUAUCAGGAACCCUUUGUUACUGGAAAUGUCAGAGAAGAAGUUGCAAAAGGUUAUUUAUGGUAUUAUUAACAUACUGAAUUUCGAUAAAGAUUAUUUGGUUUUGCACCCUUCUCUUCUUUGUUUUGAUUUUGAGGGAAGAGUUCUUCCGAGGCAUAAGGUGUUGCAGGCUUUGAAAUCAAAGAAUUUGGUUAAAAAGGAUAUAGGAUUAUCAGGCAUUUGUGGACUGACAGAGGAGAAGUUUUUGCAGUAUUUGUUGGGUUUUGGGGAUGAAGCUGACUUUUUAUUGAGGAUUUAUAACGCAAGCAAGGAGAACACGAGAAUCAGUGGUGAAAUGGGGGGUUAGAAGCCGCCUAGCUAUUCAAGUCUGAAAAUCAUGUGUGUUUUGCAAUUGGCUUCUCAAAAUUUUCAGGAAUUGUGCAGUGUGAUCCUCAUUAGUUUGUGAUAUUCUAGAUAGUUAACAAAGUUGUGAUACGAGUCAUUGGCCUCA